GUAUGUGUGGGUUGGGAAGCUUCGGUGGAGUCAGACGUGGGUUUUUUUUUGUCACGUGGCGUUGAGUCGUCGUCUUGUCUGGUUGUCUCCAUUUGCCUGGUUGAAUAGAAGACACGAAGAUGAAUUCCUUUUUAGUCAUUGCUAUCAAUACUACCUUUAUUCUGGCUUUGUUCCUCCAUUCAGGAAAUGCUUUAGUGUGCUACAAUUGUCCAAUUGCUAACUGUGACAAAAAUAUAACCUGCACAGGUGAACAAGAUACUUGCUUAAUAGCAUAUCUUGGUUCAAAAAAUACAUCUAGAUGCUGGAAGUAUUCUGACUGCAAUGUAGACUUUAUUUCGCUUAAUUUCUCAACAAAAAACUUCAGAUACAGGUGCUGCCAAUGGAAUUUGUGUAACAAUGCUCCAAAUGUAGUAACUAGCAAAAUAGUUCUCAGUGGGGCUUUCUUGCUGACUGUUGUUCAUAUGGUAAAGUUCUUAGUCUGGAACUGAAACAGGGCAUUGUUUUUCAAUUAAAAAGAUACAAAACACUGGUGUCAUUUGAGAAAUUGUUCCUGUUGGAGAAUAUUAAAUUAUGGAGAUACAGUAUUAAGUAGAUAAAAUUUGUUUGCUGUACUGCACUUUUCCUUACAUUACAUAAUUUCUAUUGGAAGCUUACAUUUAAUCUGUAAGAUAUUCAUAUUAGCCAAUGUGGACGUAUAAAACUUGCUUUUGUUCAGAACAUCUUUUGAAUCUCAUAAAAUUGCCAACCACAUUUUAACUUGCAAGCAAUUGUUGCAAUAAAAGUGCUGUUGUAUAUUUAAA